AUGCACGGGAAGGCACUGAACGCCCCCUGCAGAUCUGCUGGCCGUGUUGGGAGGCGCCGCGCCCUCCCGGCCAGCAGGUGGCAGCAGCGCGCGGGCCUUUGGCCCUCCCCGGCUUCCGUCCGCCUCCUCUCGCCGCUGCGGGGGGAAGCGGCGUCUUCUGGCCACGUGGGCCGCGAUGGUGCCGGGCUGGUCGGCGGCGGCGGCUCUCCUCUGCUGGGGCUGCUGCUGGUGGGCCUCCCGGCUCGGGCCUCCGAGGACAUCGUGGUGGGCUGCGGCGGCUUCGUCAAGUCCGACGUGGAGAUCAACUACUCCCUCAUCGAGAUUAAAUUGUACACGAAGCACGGGACCCUGAAAUACCAAACUGACUGUGCUCCCAAUAAUGGCUACUUCAUGAUUCCUCUGUAUGACAAGGGGGAUUUUGUCCUUAAAAUUGAACCUCCCCUAGGGUGGAGCUUUGAGCCAACCAGUGUGGACAUCCACGUGGACGGCAUCAGUGACAUUUGCACUAAAGGAGGCGACAUUAAUUUUGUGUUCACAGGCUUCUCUGUGAAUGGGAAGGUUCUCAGCCGAGGUCAAGAUCUGGGCCCUGCUGGUGUCCUGGUUGCCCUGAAGAACGCCGGCUCAGAGGUGGCAAUUCAAGCGACAGUGACUCAUCCAGGAGGGAAGUUCAUCUUUUUCAAAGUGCUUCCUGGAGAAUAUGAGAUCUUUGCUUCUCAUCCGACCUGGACGCUGAAAGAGGCAAGCACAACUGUGCGGGUGACCAAUUCCAAUGCUCAUGCCUCCGACCCUCUCGUCGUCGCCGGUUAUAACGUCUCAGGGUCCGUCCGAAGCGAUGGAGAGCCCAUGAAAGGCGUCAUGUUCCUUCUUUUCUCCUCUUCGGUAACCAAAGAGGACAUUAUGGGAUGCAAAACAGCUCCAGUGGAUGGCUUCCCACCAAGGGAGGAUUCUCUCACCUAUCUGUGCAGCGUCAUCUCCAGAGAGGAUGGCUCCUUCACCUUCCUCUCUUUGCCCAGUGGGAAAUACACCGUGAUACCCUUUUACAGGGGAGAGAGAAUUACGUUUGACGUCGCACCAGCCAGGCUGGACUUUACAGUAGAGCACGACAGUUUGAAAAUCGAGCCCGUUUUUCAUGUCAUGGGCUUCUCAGUGACAGGCAGAGUUUUGAACAGCCCUGAAGGUGAAGGAGUUGGGGACGCAACUGUGACGUUGAAUAACCAGAUAAAAGUCGCCACCAAGUCCGACGGCUCUUUCCGCCUCGAGAACAUCACAACCGGCACCUACACCAUUCAAGCGCAGAAAGAGCACCUCUUCUUUGAGACUCUCACGGUGAAGAUCGCCCCCAACACUCCCCAGCUAGCCGACAUAGUAGCCGCAGAGUUCAGUGUCUGUGGGCAGAUAUCGGUAACCCGCUUCCCUGACUCGAUCAAGCAGAUUAACAAAUACAAGGUGACCAUGUUGCCCCAAGACAAGGACAAAGCCCUGAUGGUGACGACGGAAACUGACCCUCACGGAGCGUUUUGCUUCCGGGCAAAAUCAGGCACCUACCUCGUUCAGGUCAUCGUUCCCGAAGCAGAAAGCCGAGCUGGUCUUUCUUUGAAGCCCAAAACGUUUCCCGUGACUGUUGCUGCCAAACCGGUGAUGGAUUUAAUCUUCUUCCAGUUCCUGGCCUCAGUUUCUGGGAAAAUCACUUGCUUGGAUACUUGUGGCGAACUCGUCGUAGCUCUGCAGUCUGUGAACCGGCAGGGAGAAAAACGGAGCCUCCAGCUUACUUCCAAGACCAACUCCGUCAGUUUCGUCUUCGAUAUGGUGCUUCCGGGCAAAUAUAAAAUGAGCAUCGUCCGCGAAGACUGGUGCUGGAAGAACAAAUCCUUGGAACUUGAAGUUCUGGAAGAUGACGUGUCAGGAAUUGAGUUCCGGCAGACUGGGUACAUGCUACGCUGUUCCCUUUCUCAUGCGAUUACCUUGGAGUUUUACCAAGACGGAAAUGGGCCUGAGAAUGUUGGCAUUUACAAUCUGUCCAAAGGCGUGAACAGGUUCUGCCUUUCAAAACCAGGUGUGUACGAAGUGACGCCCCGUUCCUGUCACAGAUUCGAACACGAGUACUACACCUAUGACACGUCUGCGCCGAGUAUCCUGACACUGACUGCCAUUCGACAUCAUGUCUUUGGAAUGAUAACAACGGACAGACUGAUGGACGUGAUGGUGACCAUUAAGUCUUCAAUUGACAGCGAACCGGACUUGGUCCUCGGUCCGCUGAAGUCGCAGCAAGAACUGCGCAGAGAACAGCAGUUGGCUGAAAUCAAGACACGCCGGGAGGAGAGAGAAAGGAAGGGUCCCGACGAAGAAGGGUCCAAGCCGCCAGUGCAGGAGAUGGUAGAAGAGCUACAGGGGCCGUUCCACUACGAGUUUUCCUACUGGGCCCGAUCUGGGGAGAAGAUAACCGUGACCCCGUCCUCAAAAGAGCUCCUUUUCUAUCCACCAUUAGUAGAAGCUGUGGUCAGUGGAGAAAGCUGCCCUGGGAAGCUGAUAGACAUCCACGGCAAAGCUGGUUUAUUCCUGGAAGGGCAGAUCCACCCCGAAUUGGAAGGCGUCGAGAUCGUCAUUGGGGAAAAAGGAGCGCUGUCCCCCCUCAUCACAGUUUUCACAGAUGACAAAGGCUCUUACAGUGUGGGGCCGCUUCACAGUAACCUGGAGUACUCGGUCACUGCCCAAAAGGAAGGCUUCGUUUUGAGCGCCGUGGAGGGUACGGUGGGAGACUUCAAAGCCUUUGCUCUUGCUGGAGUAACGUUUGCGAUUAAAUCGGAGGAGGGUCAUCCCCUUGCUGGCGUUCUCCUUUCGCUCAGUGGGGGAGUGUUCCGCUCUAACCUCCUGACCCAAGACAAUGGCAUGCUGACCUUUUCCAACCUGAGCCCCGGGCAGUACUACUUCAAGCCCAUGAUGAAAGAAUUCCGCUUUGAGCCCUCUUCUCAAAUGAUCGAAGUUCAAGAGGGGCAGAAUCUUAAAAUCAACAUUGUUGGUUACAGAACAGCUUACAGCUGCUACGGUACUGUUUCCUCUUUGAACGGGGAACCCGAACAAGGCGUUUCGGUGGAGGCUGUGGGCCAGAAAGAGUGCAGCGUGUACGGAGAAGACACCGUCACGGACGACGAGGGCAAAUUCCGGCUUAGGGGGCUGCUGCCAGGUUGCGUGUACCACGUCCGGCUGAAAGCGGAAGGCAACGACCACAUCGAACGGGCGCUUCCUCAGCAUCGGGCCAUCGAGGUUGGCAGCCACGACGUCGGGGACAUGAAUAUCAUCGCCUUCCGCCAAAUUAACCAAUUUGACCUAAGUGGAAAUGUGAUCACCUCUUCAGAGCACCUCCCCACCUUAUGGGUGAAGCUUUACAAAAGUGAGAACCUGGAUAACCCUGUCCACACCGUCUCAUUGGGGCAGUCCCUGUUCUUCCACUUUCCACCUCUGCUCCGGGAUGGAGAGAAUUACAUGGUGCUUUUAGACUCCACUCUCUCCAGAUCUCAGUACGACUAUACCCUGCCUCAAGUUUCGUUCACCACGGCUGGAUACAACAAGCACAUCACUUUGGUUUUCAAUCCCACUAGAAAGUUGCCGGAACAAGAUAUCGCGCAAGGGUCUUACAUUGCCUUGCCGCUAACGCUGCUGCUUCUGUUGGCCGGAUAUAACCACGAUAAGUUGAUCCCUUUGCUGCUCCAGCUGACCAGCCGUCUCCAGGGGGUGCGGGCCCUCGGCCAGGCGAGUUCGGACCCGGGCAGCCUGGAAGACAUGAAGAGGCAAGCCAAGAAACAGAAGAUGAGGAGGACGUGAGGUGGAAGGAACUCCGGCUGCGUCAGAUCGAGC